UUAUAGUUAUAUAUAUGGUGUGGAUGCCUCUUUAUGUUUCAAACCAAAUAUCCACCAAAAACCUGCUAAAACAGUCAUGCAGAUCUUGCACUUUAACUAAUCCAAUAUAAAAAUGAAAAAACAUCACAAAAUUAAAUUCAGUUUUGAUAUUGAUCAGCUCGAUGUUAGUGCUAUAUAUAUAUACAACGGUAGCCUCGUUGAUCCAAUGUGCAAGAAUCCAACUUAGAGAUUUGAAAGAAUUAAUCGAUGGGAAUCGGUGAAUUGUGUAAGAAAUUUGAUCCGAAAAAGGCAAUAAUUCUUGGUCUGGGCAAAGCCUUCCCUCACCAGCUCGUGCUCCAAGAUUUCUUGGUCGAUGCCUACUUCAAAAUCACCAACCGCCACGAUCCUGAUCUCAAGCAGAAGCUUGUCCGACUUUGCAAAACGACGUCGGUGAAGACAAGGUACGUUGUGAUGUCGGAGGAGAUCCUGGCCCGAUACCCCGAGCUGGCGAAGGAAGGGAUCCCGACGGUGACGCAGCGGCUCGACAUCUGCAACUCGGCGGUGACGGAGAUGGCGAUCGCCGCCUCCAGCUCUUGCAUCGAGAAAUGGGGCCGGCCGGCUUCGGACAUCACCCACUUGGUCUACGUCUCCUCGAGCGAGGCCCGUUUGCCAGGUGGCGAUCUCUACCUGGCAAAAGGGCUGGGCCUCAGGCCCGACACCCAGCGAGUCAUGCUCUACUUCUCGGGCUGCUCGGGCGGGGUGGCGGGCCUGAGGGUGGCCAAGGAUAUCGCGGAGAACAACCCGGGCAGCCGGGUGCUCCUAGCAACCUCCGAGACCACGAUCAUAGGCUAUCGGCCCCCUAAUGCCGAUAGGCCUUAUGACCUAGUCGGGGUUGCUCUGUUCGGAGAUGGAGCCGGAGCUGCCAUCAUCGGAACCAACCCUAGCAUCGGAACCGAGACGCCGUUGUUCGAGCUGCAUUCGUCGUUGCAGCGCUUCUUGCCCGACACCGAGAAGAUUAUUGACGGGAGAUUGACGGAGGAGGGGAUAAGUUUUAGGCUGGAUAGGGAGCUGCCUCAAAUUAUUGAGGAUAAUGUCCAAGGUUUUUGUGAUGAGUUAUGUGAGGGUAAAAUGGACUAUAAUAAAUUGUUUUGGGCCGUACACCCUGGGGGGCCCGCCAUCCUGAAUAGGAUGGAGAAAAAAUUGGCGCUGUUGCCGGAGAAGUUGGCCGCUAGUAGGAGGGCACUGGCCGAUUACGGCAAUGCUAGCAGCAACACAAUCGUGUACGUGUUGGAGUACGUUCUAGAGGAGGAGAAACGGCGCCUCGAGAUAGGCGGGGACGAAGAGGAAGGGGAGCAGUGGGGUUUGAUCUUGGCGUUCGGGCCGGGCAUCACCUUUGAAGGGAUUCUUGCUAGGAAUCUCACGGUGUGAAGUUGUGUGGAAAAAAAUAAAUUAAAGGGUGAUGAUUGAUCACUUGUUGAGAUGUAGCAAAGCUAUAUUUAACAUGGUGUGCAACAAACGUUGCUACACACAUGCAUGUUCUUUAUUUAUUUGUUUUACCAUAUACAAUCAAAUUACACACAAUAUACGAUUAAAUUACACACGAUAGAAUAUGAACGCGCGAAAAAAAAAUACAGAUCAUAAUAAUACAAGUAAAAUUUAGAGAUAUUUUUUCUGGAGAAUGUGAUUAAGGGCAUUUGCGCUUGUUGCCGUGAGUAGUCAAUGAAGCGUAGCACGGGCAGGCGUUGUAGUUGCCGUAGGUGCCCGGUGGCACGCAGCUACACCGGGCACAGCAAGUUCCGCAGGCCCUCUUGCACAGAUGGGGCCUGCUUGAUAGUUUGCAUCUUGUUGCACAAGCACUCUUACAAUC